GGGACCCGGCGCCGGCGGUUCGGAGGAGCGCGGGGCCGCGGCGAAUGCGAUCCCCCGCCUCGGGCCAGCCGCUGACUGCGCUCCUGGCCGCACUCCUGGCCGCGCUGCUGGGCGGUGCGGGCGCGCAGUACUCGAGCGACCUGUGCAACUGGAAGGCGAGCGGGCUGACGCAUGAGCUGCGCAGGAAGGAGGUGGAGCAGGUGUACCUGCGCUGUUCAGAGGGCACUGUAGAGUGGAUGUACCCGACUGGGGCGCUCAUCGUGAACCUGCAGCCCAACACCUUCUUGCCCCCCCGACACCUGACUGUGUGCAUCAAGCCCUUCAAGUACUCUUCGGGGGCCAAUAUUUAUUUGCAAAAAACUGGAGAACUGAAUUUGCUGGUGCGAGAUGGGGACCAAGGAUCGGGCCGGGUGCAGUGCUUCGGCCUGGAGAAGGGUGGCCUGUUCGUGGAGGCGACGCCCCAGCAGGACAUCAGCAGGAGGACCACGGGCUUCCAGUAUGAGCUGAUGAGCAGACGCAUGGGACUGGACCUGCACACGCUGUCAGCCCCGUGCAGCCCGUGCAGCCACACUGAGGUGCUCCUGGCCGUCUGCACCAGCGACUUUGUUGUCCGAGGCUCCAUCCAGGACGUCACCCAUGAGCCAGAGCGGCAGGAGUCGACCAUCCACCUGCGGGUGAGCAGGCUGUAUCGGCAGAAGAGUAGGGUCUUCCGGCCGGCCCCUGAGGGUGCAGGCUGGCAGGGCCAUGUCAGGACACUGCUGGAGUGUGGUGUGAGGCCUGGGCCCGGCGACUUCCUCUUCACCGGCUACAUGCACUUUGGGGAGGCGCGGCUCGGCUGCGCCCCACGCUUCAAGGACUUCCAAAGGAUGUACAGGGACGCAGAGGAGAGGGGGCUGAACCCCUGUGAGGUCGGCACGGAGUGACCGUGGGCAGCCACGGCGCUGCCUUCUCCUCCUGAGGAGCCACUGCUGGCUGUCUUGGAUGUGCCAGUCCCUGUGGGGGCUGCCUGCUGGGGGCCGUGUGUCAGGGGCCCCUGCCCGGUGUGCAGGCCCGGCCCAGAGCUCAGGCUGUGGAGGUCCAGCGGAGGACAGCCUGACUGACUGGAAGUGCUGUGGGCGCACACCGAGCUCUCUGUCAUUACUAGGAGAAAGAAGCAUCCGCAGGGUACCGCCUCGCACGUCCCACAUGCCUGCGUGGGCCCUGGCGUCCCGGGCGAGGUGCAGCGUGCCUGGCUUGGCUUUGGGAGAAGCCGGGUGCCAUCUGAGGGUCCUGAUCUUCAGGUGGAAACUUACGGAGCCAAAUAUGUGUCAUUUCGUUUUAUUUUUGGUUUUAAGAGAACGGGCUCUCCAGUUAUGGCCCUUUGUGGGCUGCGGGCUGUUCCGUUCCAGAGAAUAAAGACCAGGAUCCGACUGCGCCGUGGUGUCUGUCUUC